GAUGCAAUAUUUGGAGUUAUAAUUUUAAGAUGAAAAUACUGCUCAAUUUUUAGUCAAUUUGAGGCCCUGUUUGCAAGUUAAGGGCAUUCCUCUUUUGGUUGUGGCUAAAAAGUAACGACCUGUUUAGGAUUUAUUGAGGAAUUAUGAGGUGCAAGUUGAAUUAGAUAGAGAUGUACCUCCUUUUAAUGUCUAUUUGGAGUUUAAAAAGUAUGGAGAUCUAAUUGGGAUUUAUGUAUUUUAGUAGAAUAGGAAGUAUGGCACCUAUUUAAUUUUCAAGUUAUUUACUCUUGUAUUCAUCGUCCUCUUAAUUGCAGGAGGCAUUACGUCCUCCAGUCCAUUUAUAAUUGGUCAUUAACGAUUAAACUGUUAAUGCCAACGCCAAGAUUAUUGAUAAACCUAUUGAUAUCCAACGACCAUAUAUCAAAGAAACUUUAGCUUAUUAGCUUAGCACUUAAUAGGACAACAGUAUUUCAAUUCUUAUAUUAUAGAAGAUAGAAAAAGAAAAGAUAAAAAAUGA